AUGACUGAACACCAAAGAGCCGUUUGGACAAUGUCUGCUCCUAUAUCCUCAGCGUAUAACUAUGCCAUGCAGGACUUCACUAAUAAAGUGUACACAACAAGUGUGCAACACAAAGAGGCAACUAACUGUCUCGCGAAUGAAAAGGGACAGGCUAGACUUAGAAAACUUUCAACCAAGCUUGCAGAACAUUCUCCCUUCUCAGAGGAGUCGACAAUGAGAAACAUUAUCACAGGAAUAAAUGCUGAUAAAGACGUAGAUGUUGAAGAACUUUUCACCAUAGGUGAAGAAACAGUUAAAAAUAUGGAAGGACAGUGGGUCUUUCCAUAUUCAUACAGACGCAAGAAUAAGGCCAAGACGCUAGCAUCAGCUCGUGCCAUCAAAGUGUCUGAGGAUCAAACCAUUGAUCCAGCUCUCUUGUUUCAAAGGUUCUUGCUAGUAUCGCAAUCUAGGGAUCUCUGCCUAGAUGAGGUAAUGAAAUACGAACUGUCACCAUAUCCCCCAUCUUUGUAUGGUGUUGAGUCCUUGUAA